CAGGUCAUUGGUGAAGCUGAUAUUAACUCCCUCAAAGCAAGGAAGCUAAUUGUUUUGCAGACGUGGAAGGGAUAUUCUGCAAGAAAGGGACCUAGUUAUGCUCCCCAAAGAAAGAAGUUUGCGACUGAUUUGACCCGAGAAAACCUGCAGAGUGGCGACUGGAAGAACCUGGAAUUCAAAGCGUAUAACUUCAAUGCUAAAGGUUCACCUUCUUAAUGUGGUCAUCUUCACCC